AUGGGUCCAGGAGCCAGCCCGUUUGUUUCCCCCCCCCCCCUCACCCAGACAUACCACACGCGUAUACCUAUUCUAAUCUCUUCUCGAUUUCUAGAGCCGAUCGCGGCAUAUCUGGGCCAUAAAACCGUGACGACUAUCCGGGAAGAGUCUCAACGGGUAUUUGGUGAACUUUUCUUUGCAAGAUCUUCCCCGGACCAUGAUCACGAAGGUGAUAGCCAGGCACCUGAAGGGUCCGGCUUCCAGCAGUCUUGGGCAAGCCUAAGGAGAGAUAUACUCGAGAAUCGACAGCAGAUCUUCUGCAUUGUGGCCCUUGUUGCAUUCAGAGUAGUUUCCUCCUUCACAAGGAAGGCAGCCCUAGAUCUGUAUGGAAAGCAAGGUGCCUGGCUAAUUCCCUACGUCCUUGGUGAGGUUAUUUGCUGGUUUGGGUUGGCUUUAAAGCUCUAUACAAAGCUAUACCCGCAACACAGUGAUACCUGGAAAGAAGCGCUGGCAGGGGUGAGCGCGAUUAUCGCCGCACUUACUGACUGUGCAUCUUUGAUGUACCUUGGAGGAUUUGAUACCCACAAGGUCUCUAACUGGGUAUCGCUUGUGUUUAAUCUCUUUAGUGAAUCUGGCGUCCACAUUGUGGAUCUAUGCCUACUCACCAAAGCCAAGCAAGAGACCCCGGUCCCUCCGGAUCCCGAGAACCCCAUGGCGAAGUGGCUGCUCGUUCCAGCGGAGUAUAGGGCCUGGGCUUUAGACUCUCUCUCAGACGAGCUAUUUCGCUAUCUAGCUGAACAAAGCACAACGGGAAAGGCAAGCUCCGCCGUUUCAUCGGCUGUGGCUUCUCCAGACCUUCGUGCGCGUUCUCGUAGGGUUUCCAGACCUGCUUCACGCGAGCUUGUUUAG